AUGGUUCCCUGCGGUUUCCCAAGCACGAACAUGAGUCCUUCAGCACUUCUCCGAAGCCUUUCCUCUCGCAUCGCCGGGAAGUUCUCCUCACCGGUGGCUCCUUGGCCGGUGCAGAGCGAGUUCGGACGCUGGCUCAGCGACGAGCUCGAUUCCCUGCUGCAGCAUCCUCGCGGCCAGUUUCUCGGCACCGCAUGGCUCCUCGAUGCCAUGGACGUGAACCUGGCUGCCCAGAAGAAGUCCCACGAGCUGCUUGCGCGGUUCAAAGAUGGUGAUGCAACGAAAACGGACUCGUCCUUCUCUUCCGGGUCUUUGGAAGCCAUUAGAAGCCACCUGCAGGACACCAUCGCCAUGCUCGACGUCUGUAACGACCUCCGCGAGCGGCUCGGCGUGGUCAGCGAGUACGCCCACUCGCUGCGCAUAGCGCUGCACUGGUUGGAGGGCGCGUCGGGCCCAAGCCCCGCGGCGCUAGCGCGGGCCAGCGCCGAGCUCGAGCGGUGCCUGACGAUAGAGCGGCGGUGCUCGGAGCUGAGCUCGUGCUGCUCUACGCUGAGAAGGCUGGGCGAGAAGCUGGUUCAGGACAGCACGCCCAGCGCGAGGGACUCGAAGGCCGGCUUUCCGGCGGGGACGCGCGAGCCGGAGCUGCACGAGGCGUUGUGCGCGUCCAAGUCCAUGGCUCUGCUGACGUGCGGGGCUCUCGCCAUCGCUCUGUCGUUCAAGUCGAGGCGAGGGCUGCCGCACAUGCCGGACGCACGCGCGAAGCCGUGGUGCGACGCGCUGCAGGAACUGCACAGGGGGAUCAAGUCGGAGAUCGAGGGGCGGAGAAAGAAGUCCGGCGCCGCCGUCAUGAACGAGCUUGGGGAGGCCUCGGGGGCAUGCCGGAGAUUGCAGGAGGCGAUUAGCCGGCAGCUGGACGGCCGUCCUCGGCCGCAGAAGGGGACGGGCGAGGAGGUGGAGAUGAGGUCCGUGGUGGAGACAUUGGAAGGGUUGUGUGAGGAGAUGGAGAUGGGGGUUGAGUUCUUCGCUCACAGAGUGGACGAGCUCUAUCGCCUCAUCAUCUCUGUGAGAGUGUGUGCGCUUGACAUCCUCCCAUUAGCAUGA